CCAGUUAGUGCCCUGCAGAUCUGGCAACUUCCGCGCGCCGCCUGUCAACCCUGUCAACCCGUGCGAUUUGUGCCUGCACAUUGUUCUAAAACAACCCAGCCGGAAAAGCCGUUUUAGCAGCGGGCCCUUAAUCUAUAUGCUCCUCAGAUGUGAGACACCCCCUCGCGCGGCUGUGUUCUCCAGGCAAUAGGCGCUACCGAGGGUGAAGGAUUACUAUUUCCAGCAGCAUUAAUCCCGACCAGAACUCUCGAGCAUUUCGCAUUUCGCACACACACACACACGCACGCACACUUGGAUAGCGCUCCUAAUCUUUGGCAACGGGGAUCGAGAGGCUAGGCAGCAGGAGGAGUAGCAGCAGCCAGGAGAUGGCCCAGCUUGGAGGCACCGAGGCUCUGGCCGCCGAACUGGCCACCGCCGUGGAUCUAAUCAUGCAUCCGCACACCCAGCAGCAGGCGCGUCUGGAGGCCUACAUGGCCUGCGAGCGCUUCAAGGAGGAGUCGCCGCUGUGCGCCCAGGUGGGCCUAUUCCUGGCCAGCUCGCCGCAGUCCAAUCAGCAGGUGCGUCACUUUGGCCUCCAGCUGAUCGAGUACACAAUCAAGUUUCGCUGGAACUGCAUUACGCACGAGGAGAAGGUGUAUAUCAAGGACAAUGCCAUCAAGAUGCUGAAUGUGGGCGUGGGUCCCGCGGAGGAUCGCACCCUGCUGCCCACCAAGGAUGCCCUGUCCCGGAUCAUUGUGGAGAUGAUCAAGCGCGAGUGGCCGCAGCAGUGGUCCGAUUUGCUGCCCGAAUUGAGUCAAGCUUGUACUAAAGGAGAAGCCCAAACGGAACUCGUUCUCCUGGUCUUCCUGCGCCUCGUGGAGGAUGUGGCUCUCCUCCAGACCAUCGAAUCCAAUCAGCGACGCAAGGACAUGUACCAGGCACUCAAUAACAACAUGAACGACAUCUUUGAGUUCUUCCUGCGGCUCGUGGAGCAGCAUGUGACCGCCUUUCGGGAGACGAAGGCAAGUGCCCAUUCGCGGGUCGUCGAAAUGGUGCUGCUCACGCUGAGCGGCUUCGUCGAGUGGGUGAGCAUUCAGCACAUCAUGUCCAGCAACGGCAAGCUGAUGCACUUCCUGUGCAUUCUGCUCAACGACAAGGCAUUCCAGUGCAAUGCGGCCGAGUGUCUGGCGCAGAUCACGAAUCGCAAGGGUCAGGCGAAGGAGAGGAAGCCGCUGCUGCAGCUGUUCAACGAGGAGCCGCUGCGCUACAUCUACCAGGCGAGUCAGAUUCCACCGGAUUCUAGUUCAUCCCUGGCCAUUGAACAGCAUCACAACUUUCUGAAGAAGCUGCUGCAGGUUCUGAACGGCAUGGCUCAGCAGUUGGUGGCGCUGUGGGGCAAGGAUGAUGCCACCCAGCGGCCAGUUCAUCUGGAGGUGCUGCUCGAAUGCCUCCUGCUGCUCACCCAGCAUCCUUCGCUGAGUGUUGCGCACGGAGCGGCGCUCAUCUGGCAGCUGCUGCUGAAGCACGAGCCCUGCUCGAAGGAUUUCGCGAUGGUCAACUACAUUCCCAAGCUCAUACACACGAUUGCGCCGCGUAUCGUGAAGCUGCCAUAUCCUAGCGCCUCCGGGAGCUCCAACAGCCUCUCCACGGAGGCCUACAUUCGCCUGGAGUACGACAGCGAGGAGGAGUUCGCUUUGUACUUCUUUCGCUGCCGCACCGACUUCCUGGAGAUCUUCCGUUUGGCCACGCUCGUUCAGCCGCUCGUGACCUACGGCUACUGCGAGCAGUGGCUGCAGCAGCGCCUGCGCAACGCCGUCGCCGAGGCGGAUGCGGAGGUCAAGAGCGGCAGUGUUUCGUGCAGUGUCCUGGAUCCUGUCUACCUCGAAUGGGAUGCCUUGGUGAGCGUUCUGGAUGGCGUUCUCAGUCGCAUACUCCUCGUGGCCGAGCGGCCCUCGGUGCCCGCUGGUCUGCGACUGCUGGAGGAUUGCCUCAAGCUGGAGACCAUCAAUCCGCUCAUCUACUCCAUACUCCUCUCCUGCAUUUCGGCGCUCUUUGUCUUUCUCAGCAUGUCCGCCUGCCAAAUUACGGCCACCAAUUGUGUGGCCAUGAGUGGCGUAAGUCUACUGCCUCGCGUGCUGGACAAGAUAUUCAGAGCGUUGGUUUUGAAGCCACCCAAUGAACUGGAGAAGGUGCAGGCCAAGUCGGCCAAGAAUCUAAGGCGUCAUGCUGCCUCGCUGUUGGUCAAACUGGCCCACAAAUAUCCGCUGCUCCUGCUGCCUGUUUUCGAGCAGAUCAACGGGCAUGUGGAGCUGCUGCUCAAGGAACCGGGACAGCAUCAAUUGUGCCGCCUGAUGCGCACCACGCUGCAGGAGGCGUUGAUACUGAUCUCGAAUCAUUUCUGUGACUUUGAGCGCCAGACGCUCUUCAUCGAGCACAUUUUGCGGGACAAGCGCACUGAGUGGCUGGCCUUUGGCGAGGCUUUGAAGUCGCCGCUGGACUUUAUGAGCUUCGUGGGACUGGACAAGCCGCCCAUCUUUGCGGUGGAAGGAGCUCCCUCGCUGCAGAAUCGUUCGCGGCUGCUGGAUGCUUUGCAUGUGGUUUUGGGCGUCGUCAAACGAUGCACCUGGCCGGAUGAUCCGGAUCGCGCCCAGCGUGGAGGCUUCGUCAUUGGCUGCACGGAACUGGGCAAUCCCAUUUGCCGCAAUCCGGCCACCAAGCAUGUGGUGCCGUUGCUCUCACAUGUCCUUAGUCUCAUGCGAGUGCUAAACGAGCUCUUUGCUCCGGAGGCUUUGCUCGCCCUGUCCGAAGGCUAUCGCGGCAUCCACGGGAUGCUGGAGCACGAGAAGAAGCUGCUGAUGGGCAUCUGUGCUCUGCCCACCGAUCCGCUGGACGCCACAAUUCGCAGCGAACCGACGGCGUUCGAAAAGAUGCAGACAUUCAUGAUGAUGAUCACCGAGGGCUGUUACCAUCUGAUGGGCUCCGCGGGUCCUUCGCUGGGCAGGGAUCUCUACCAGCUGCUGGGUCUCUCGGAUGCCAUUAUAACGAAUGUUUUUAGCCGCAUGGAUGUGGUGCCCGACUACCGAUUGCGUCCCAUCAUCCGGGUCUUCUUCAAGCCCUUUGUCUACUCGUGCCCGCCCAGCUUUUAUGACAGUGUUUUGGUGCCGCUCUUUGCUCAUUUAGCCCCCCUGAUGUGCGAAAGGCUGACGCGUCGCUGGAUCUACAUAGCCUCGCUGUACGAGAGUGGUCAGCUGAAUGGCGAGGUCAACGACACGCAGGAGGUGCUGGAGGAUCAGCUGAAUCGCACGUUGACUCGCGAAUACCUGGAUGUUUUAAAGAUUGCCCUGGUGGGCGGCCAAAUUGGAGCGGAUCAUGUGGCGUCCGGCGCGAAUGCCAACAGCCAUUCGGUGGCCAUGGAGAACGAGGAGCAUUCCAUGGACAGCGCACCUCAGUCAAGGGCCAGUCAAUCUGCCCUGCUUUCCGAUAUUAUAAGCGAUCUGGGAGGCAAACUGCUGCGCAACGGACUGAUCGGCAACUAUGUGCUGAUGACCCUGCUAAAGGCGAUCGCCUGGAACGAUGGAAUGUGCAGCAUGAAGGCGGUGAAUAUAGCAGCGCCCGUGAUGCGUUUCCUCGCGGCCGAAAAGCUGAUGGAUGAGAACAAGGCGGUGACCGCUUUUACGGCCGUUCUGCAGGGCAUGCAAGUGCAUGGACAGCACGAGGCCAAUCAGUCGGGACUCGUCACCCUGGGCGUGCAGUUCUACGAGCUGCUGCGUCCCCAGUUCCCGAUCCUCAGCGAGGUGUUGCAGCAUAUUCCCAGUGUAAAUGCGGCGGAUAUACAAAAGUUCGAUGAGAAGAUCGCCGUGGCGCCGGUGAAGGGAAAUAAAGUGGAUCGUGCGAAGAAGGAUAUCUUCAAGAAGCUCACCGUUCAGCUGGUGGGACGCAGCGUGAAUCAAUUGUUCCGGCACGAAGUGCAGAUAGCCAAUCUGCCGCCAAUGCAGUCGAUGCACAAGGGCGCGAAGGGCAGCUCGACGACGAGCGGCGACAUCAUGGAUAGCAAUCAGAACGCCAGUCUGGCCAGGCUCUUUGGGGCGGAAAAGUGACAACAGGGAGCGCAGCAGGAGAAGCACAGGAAACCGAGGAGGAGGAGGAGGAGCAACUCGCUCCAGGAUCCAGGCGGAGUCGAGACCACGGCCACCUCAGCUGCCAAACUAGCGACGACUGAACUUAAAGUAAUUGUAAACUAGCUUAGACGAGUCCUCCUGUCCCCGAAAAUCCCAGUCGAAAGUUCCAGUUUGAAUCAGAUCCUAAAAUCUAAACUAAUUUAUUUAUUUUACGAAACUAAAUUUAACACACAACCCCGCGCGCAUGUAACGAUUCUUUAUUUUCCGGUCGCUCUCCCUUGUUACUGCUUUGUUAUUUAUUAUUCGGAAUUUGUUAAGCUUGUUUUUUUGCACAAAGGAAAAGUAGAACCAUCGAUAAUUGACAAUACUCCGACCUUUGAUCCUUGAUCCUUCCUACGCCACCAGAAGUCCCUUUUUAUACAUAGUUAAUUAAUUAAUUAAUCAAUUGUGCUUUUCCCCCCCCGUUUUGUAUAGUUACCUAUGCGCUGGCAUACUGUAAUUUAUAUACAUAUAUAUAUACGAUAUGUACACAUUUAUCCUUUGAAGAAACAUUUCUGAAAUUACGCUUAGGCUUAGUUGAUAGGCAACGAGUUAUUAUUAUAUAAUACAUCAAUCUGUAUAUGAACACACAUCCCGCACCGCAUAUGCAUAUGCCAAUGCCUAUGCAAUAUAUACCCAAAACUCCCCAAAAAAAAAAGAAACAUCGGGAUUCUAAGAAUUAAAGUUGCGCGAGUAUGUAAUAUUCAAAGUGAAAAUUAUGUACUACUAUUUAUAACUAAAUGAAAUCGAAGCGGGACGACCCCGCAAAAACACAAAAUCGAAAUAAGCUAAUAAA